AUGGAGAAGUACAACACCGCAAGUCUGCCGUUGGGGUUCGAAAAUGACCAUUAUAUAAAGCCUCAUACCAUACUUCAAGAAGAAGAAGGCCCUUCCAACGAGUCUUCGCCGUUAUGGCAUUGCAUCGUGGCCGGAGGGAUCGGAGGGAUGGUAGGAGACUCCACAAUGCAUUCGUUAGAUACAGUAAAAACAAGGCAACAAGGAGCCCCUACUGUGGCCGUUUACAAGAAUAUGACCUCAGCGUACGCCACUAUCUUCAGGCAGGAAGGUUUUAGGCGUGGAUUGUACGGAGGCUACGGUGCAGCCAUGUUAGGCUCAUUCCCCAGUACGGCAGUGUUCUUCGGAACGUAUGAAUCAGUGAAAAGAUUAAUGAUAGGCAGGUGGAAUUGUAACGAAACUGCCACUCAUUUGGUAGCCGGAUUUCUUGGUGAUUUUUUUUCCAGUGUUUUCUAUGUCCCCAGUGAAGUCCUCAAAACAAGGCUACAACUUCAAGGAAGGUACAACAACCCUUAUUUUCAUUCCGGAUAUAACUAUAAAAGCACAGCGCAUGCUAUAACAUCUAUUAUUAAAUCUGAAGGCUGGCAGACUCUGUUUUUCGGUUACAAGGCGACUUUGGUCAGAGAUUUACCGUUUUCCGCUUUACAGUUCGCCUUUUAUGAAAAAUUUCGGAGCUGGGCUCUUCGUGUCAGUAGCGCCAACCAUCAUGAUCUCUCUGUCUUAUGGGAGCUGGCAACGGGAGCUGCUGCUGGGGGUUUAGCUGGAACACUCACUACUCCCUUGGACGUUAUUAAGACCAGGAUUCAGACCCAAAAUGCAGCGUCAACCGUCUCGUCUUCCUCUUCCGGCAAGCCUAUUAUUUUAUCGUCCCCCUCUAUCUUGAGCAGCUUGCUAAUGGUUUACAAACAUGAAGGUGCUUUGGGGCUUUUUUCUGGAGUUGGCCCUAGAUUCAUUUGGACCUCUGUACAGAGCUCAAUCAUGCUACUAUUAUACCAGGUAUCGCUUCGAACGCUAGAUGACAUGCUCGAAGGAACUGCAUUAGAUUAG